AUGGCCGAAGGUGGAAAUAAUUGUAACGGUGAGUGCCAUCCAAUUUACGCCGCUCAAGAUGGACAUAUCAAACAACGUGAGCAAGAUGAAAGUGCAGAAAAUGAAAGAAUCCUUGGAUCAAAGGGUCAGUUCUGCGCUGCCUUCUACCAUGUUCACCAAUGGGGCGAAAGAAAAUACUGUUGUCUUGAUGAAACAAAUUGCAUUAUUGCGAAGAGAGCAGUGCGCGAAAAAAACUGGCGUGUACAACGCAAAACUGUAGUCGCUGUUGUAAAAUUCGAAGAUGAAAACGGAGAAAUUCUGUAUGUAGCAAGAUACAAGAACUGCGCCCCACAAAAAAAGCAUGCCGAAGAUUUCUUCAAAGAAGACAUAGAAAAUGAAGAUGGAGUAUUGGCAGAAAUAGUGCAAGACAACCCAAAUGGGACUAUAACCAUGUAUCUUACGCUUCAGCCGUGCAACAGGUCCACCGGUAAAACAGAAAAUACUAAACCCGACCAAAGUUGUUGCGAUAUACUUAAAACGAUAGUUAGACAAAUACUGCGCAACAAUGGCCGUAACAUAAAUUUGUGCAUUAAAGCAACUAACACGACUCGAUUAAGUCAAAUAGAACAAGAUAGGACCCUGCGACAGAAUGCUGAAAGAGGAAUAAAGCAGUUGAUGAGAAUUGAAGGUGUAAAUGUCAGCGGGAUGACACCGGAAGAUUGGGACUAUCUUUUUUCAAUGACCGAAUAUAUUCCGCCUCGCAGAGAUUUAGAUAGAGAUAUUCAGAGUAUUUUCGAACGAAUACAUACUAAUUAAUCUACUCUAAUCACUUUUUGAACAUCUUGAUAAGCUUUAUUAUAGACACUAUUUAAUAUAUUUGUAUUAAGCUUCAAACAAACUCAGGAGGGCGUUUAUCGAACAUAAUA